UGACGUCAUCUCCUCCGCCGUGCGCGUUCGCUGAUAAACUUUGUGUGUGUUCUCGUGCGUGUUUGGUGAGCGCGAGGCAGGGGUUUUUGUCUCGCAGUGCGAAGUGGUUUGUUCCAGAGGGCUCGCGCACACAGUCGGAGUAACAGCACGCAGUAGCGGCAGCGGCAGCCCAGUAAGAAGAAAGUGGUGAGAAAAGUAGCUGGCUGUGGGUUUCUGUGUGCUCCAGCUUCUUCUUACUGUUACAGGGUGACGUCUUAACCCGGAGAUAGGAAAGUUUUAUCGGCAGUGAUAAUUAUAUUCAAAGCAGAAUUAGCCUACUAUGGAGGACCAGCUGCUGUGCUGUGAGGUGGACUCAAUCAGGAGAGCUUACCAGGACGUCAACCUGCUCAAUGACCGAGUUCUACACACCAUGCUGAAGGCCGAAGAAAACUACUUGCCUUCGCCAAACUACUUCAAGUGUGUUCAGAAAGAAAUUGUACCAAAAAUGCGAAAAAUAGUUGCCACCUGGAUGUUGGAGGUCUGCGAGGAACAGAAAUGUGAGGAGGAGGUUUUUCCGCUCGCUAUGAACUACUUGGACAGAUUUCUAUCAGUUGAGGCCACCAGGAAAACAAGACUACAGCUGCUCGGAGCCACAUGCAUGUUUCUAGCAUCCAAAAUGAAGGAGACCGUGCCCUUAACGGCGGAGAAACUCUGUAUUUACACGGACAACUCGGUCCUGCCCGGGGAACUGCUGCAAAUGGAGCUGCUGGUUCUCAACAAGCUCAAGUGGGAUCUGGCUUCAGUAACUCCUCAUGACUUCAUCGAGCACUUCCUGUCCAAGCUGAAGAUCUAUCCCUCCACCAAGCAGAUCCUCAGGAAACAUGCCCAGACCUUUGUGGCACUGUGUGCUACAGAUGUCAACUUCAUUGCCAGCCCUCCCUCAAUGGUGGCAGCAGGGAGUGUAGCAGCAGCUGUUCAAGGGCUCUACCUGAAGAGCCAAGAUGCGUCCUUGUCUUCCCAGAACCUCACUAACUUCCUGUCGCAGGUCAUUCGUAGCGACCCGGACUGCUUGCGGUCAUGUCAGGAGCAGAUAGAGUCUCUGCUGGAGUCUAGCCUGCGACAGGCACAACAGCACAAUGGCACAACAGAAACUAAACGAGUUGACGAGGACGCGGACUUGUCCUGCACCCCAACAGACGUCAGAGACAUCAACAUCUGAGGCGACCCGGACCUACGUCGCACAAUGAGCAGUGAUGGAGGGAAAGUUGUCAGAGGGUGGUAACGGGCGGGCCAGGGAUGGGGCACCCCACUUGAACUCCCUUCCUCCUCCAGCGUGUCACUCACAUGCCUGCUGUCCACUACGGCUGCCAAGAUAGGAUGCUCAUCCCUGUCACAUAUCCUGCCAGCGUCCCCUCCCAGGCCAGGAAAAGAAAUGAACUCUACAGAGAUGUACCAGAGAGAACAGACACUGAAUAUCAAUGAGCUCUGUGGGGCUGGAGCUGAAGCCACAGAGGCAAAAUGUUUUUCUUAUUCCCUCACACAUUAAAUUAGGAAUUUUUCAAUUAAAGCAGACUGAGCAUGCCUACUAAAACAUCCCAAAGUGUCAUGUACAGUAGGUUCUCAUAGUCUGUCAUCAGGGCUUCACGUGAAAGCAAGAGGCUCGUCUUUUACUUCCUUUUCUGUUAUGUCGGAAUGCUUUAGAGUUCCUGCCCAAGUUUCCAUGUUUGUCUUGUAGUGCAGACACUCAUAUACCCUGCUUGCUUAUGUUUAGUCACUUUAUUAUGUAUCAUUUUAAACCUCUCAGUUAGUUAGUUUUAUGCUUCUGUUCUUCAAAGCUUUUUUUUUUUUUUUUGUUUGUUUGUCUUAAAGCAAACGUAGGGUGAGAUGCUCACAUUCUAUCACCCUUAAAGACUUUGGACUGCUAUUGUAAGGUUUGGACUAGGGAAAUUCUUUGGUCAAUCUUUGAUUUUUGCUUUAUCCAUUUACCUGUUAUUUGAUAAAAUCAAAUAUAAACAGAGCAGUCCACAGUCUGUUCUUUCUCUAUGUAGUUAGACGUAAUAUCAUUCCAACUUUGUUUUCUAAAGAAAAGCACUUUUGGUCAGUGAUGCUGGCUCAGCUAAAAGUCACAGUGAUAGUUUGUAAAACAAUAUGAAAACAGAGUCUUUUGAUGAUGGAGAGUGUGGGGAGUACUUGCUGACAGUUACACCCAGUUAUGCCUGGAUCUGAUUCAUGGUGUGGGACACAGAAUUGAGCACUGUGGCAGAAACUGAAAGCUGCACAGCACUGUGGCUCACUGUAGCUGCCUUCCAGUUCUCGGUGUUUCAUACAGGCAGAGCUGCUCUGACGUCAUGAUUUUAUAGGUUUAAAUGUGUGCAAAGCCAAAUGUUAAAGGCCCAGAGCUAAACGUAAAAAGUACUAUUUUAAUAGUUCAAAUCAUUUUUGUAUAGUAAAACAUAUUAUUUAUCUUUGUAGGUUCAUGCUGACCAUGGCUUCAUGAGCUGACGUUAAAUUCAAGCUUAUUUCUUACUCCAGAACAGGUCAAACUGCAACUAGUCUCUGUAAUUCUUCUCCAUUGCUGUAGCCCAGCUCACAUACGUGUCAUAGAUUAUGAGGGCAAUGAAGCUUAAAAAAAGAGAGUGGUGAAAAUAUUAACUUGAUUUUGCACAAACCUAAAAGACGUGGUCUGCGUUUUUUGGGACUUGCCUAGAGGAAAAAGGGAAGCGAAGGCGGCAAAAGAAGUGGCAAAAAGUUUAAGGGGUUCCCAAUGGGGUGCGUCUUACUGCUGUAUAUUUUAUACAAGGGCUCCUACACAGCACGGGGAUGUUGUCAUGUUCAGGUUGAUAUAUACUUUAUACAUAAGGAUGGACAGAUUACCACGAGCAAGGAGAGCUCUCUACUACAUGGAGUCAAAGUGUGGGAAAUGUGAGUUCUGUGAGCAUGUCACACUGUGUAGGAACCUUGUAAAAUAGGUUUCUGAUUGUACGUUAAGGAUAGAGUAGGAGAGAAACACUCCUUGUAUUCCGCUGCUAUAGAAAAUAAAUUCCAGCUACAUGUUUAAAAAAUUGAUUAAAAACCAUGCUUUUUUCCUGUUUGCUGCUACAUUUUGGUUGUUUUAUACAUAUGUCGAUAUAAUGCCAUUUUAGGAUUGAAUUUUCUCAUAGAAAUUGUUAUUGACAUCCUCAUUUGUUUAUUUUUCUUGUGUAUUCUAUGUGAUCAUUUUUUUGUUUAUAACUACAUAACAAUUUUCCAUAAUAUUCCAAAAACAAGGAAAAAUGAGACAAUGUACAGAAAUGCUUUGAUCCACAAUACCUCAUGUGACAGUCAACAACUAUCUCUAAUUUGUAGUCUUUUUUUUUUUUUUCCAUUUAGUUAUAUUCUAUUCUACUUGUUGGUUCAGUGCCUACUAGCUGCGUUAAACCUAUUUGAGGUGAAGCAUCUGCAAUGGAAACCAGCGAGUCCAGGGCAUGCUUUGAUACUGGUGCCAUAACAGAAAAUGGGAUAUGUAUAACUCUGUUGAGUGCUAAGCUGUCUCGGUGAAAGAGACUUUAUCUUUCCUUUUAGGCCCAUAGUGGCCUUCCUUUUCCCCUUUUUAUAUUUAUAUACAAGAAAAAGCUUUUUGCUCCAACUGUCAGUGAGUUGAUUUGAAUUUGUACGUAGAUUCAGUGUCAUGCUCAGUAAGCCAUAGACUGUUUUAAUGUUUUCACAAAUCAUUCCACACAUUUGUGUCUGCUUCAUGCCAGUUUUUUGCAACUGGAACGGUGUAUUCAUCCUUGUGUCGACAACACAAUAAAAACAUUAGAUGGAAU